GCGCUUGCUUGAGUCGACCAUGGCAGUCGCGGGAAGUGGUGGGGAUUCGGCCUCUUUCUCAGCGUGACCGAUAACUGUGACUGUGAAGCACCAGAGAGAGAGACUGUUUUUAACAAGACGCGGUAGAAGAAGAAACUAGAUUUUGUGCCUCUUUCUCUACACCAGACUUCGCUGUGCAGCAGCGCAUCCCAAAUCCAUGCGGCGACUCCCCCUUCUCGUGUACCUCUCCCUCGCCUCCCUUCUUCUCCACUAUCCUCCUUGUUCUUCUUUUUCGGCUCUCUGUCCCAUCGCCAACAUUGUGGUGCUGGUCCUUGAGAACCGCUCCUUCGAUCACAUGCUUGGGUGGAUGAAGCAAUCCCUCAACCCCUCAAUUGACGGCCUAACCGGCACCGAAUGUAACCCCCAUGCCACCGACGACCCUCGGUCCCCCCUCAUCUGCGUCUCCGACGACGCCCAAUUCGUGGACCCCGACCCCGGCCACUCCUUCGAGGACGUCCUGCAACAAGUCUUCGGCUCCGCCGCUGUCCCCUCCAUGUCCGGCUUCGUCCAGCAGGCCCUCUCCAUCUCUCGCAACCUCUCCCGUGCCGUCAUGAAGGGCUUCAGCCCCGACAGCAUCCCCGUAUUCGCGUCGCUGGUGCAGGACUUCGCGGUGUUCGACCGCUGGUUCUCGUCGAUCCCCGGGCCGACUCAGCCCAAUCGGCUCUUCGUCUACUCCGCCACCUCCCACGGCGCAAUCCGCCACGACAAGCUCAAUCUGCUCAUGGGGUACCCGCAAAACACCAUCUUCGACUCGAUCCACGAAGAGGGAUUAGACUUCGGGAUCUACUUCAAGAACAUACCCACCACUCUAUUCUACAAGAAUUUGCGCAGGUUGAAGUACAUUUCCAAAUUCCAUUUUUUCUCGACGUUUAGGGAGCAUGCUAGGAGGGGGAAGCUUCCGAGUCUGAGCGUGAUCGAGCCGAGGUACUUCGAUUUGCUGGAUUACCCGGCGGAUGACGACCACCCUUCGCAUGAUGUUGCCAACGGACAGAAGCUUGUCAAGGAAGUGUACGAAGCGCUGAGGUCCAGUCCGCAGUGGAAUCAAAGCUUGUUUAUCAUCACCUACGAUGAGCACGGAGGGUUUUACGACCAUGUUACUACUCCUUAUCAAGGCGUUCCAAGUCCUGAUGGGAUUGUUGGACCGGAGCCUUUCUUCUUCAAGUUUGAUAGAUUGGGAGUUCGAAUUCCAACGAUUAUGGUUUCUCCGUGGAUCAACAAGGGAACAGUGGUAGGUAAGGCGAAUGGUCCAAGUUUAACCUCAGAAUUUGAGCACUCGUCAAUUCCUGCAACCAUAAAGAAGUUAUUCAAUCUUAAAGCAGAUUUUUUAACAAAGAGGGAUGCAUGGGCUGGAACCUUUGAAGAUAUUGUGGGACAGUUAUCCUCUCCAAGAACUGACUGCCCUGAAACAUUACCAGAUGUUCGUUCUCUGAGAAUCAUUGAUCCAAAAGAAGAUAGUUUGCUUUCAGAAUUCCAGAGAGAACUAAUUCAAUUGGCUGCAUUUCUCAAUGGUGAUUACUUUUUGACCAGCUUCAGCAGUGAAACAAACAAGAAUAUGACUGCCACGGAAGCCAAUUCAUAUGUAGAAAGAGCUGUUUCAAGAUUCCUAGCAGCAGGAAAACAAGCCAUUAAGUUGGGAGCAGAUGGAUCAGCCAUUGUAAAUAUGAGGUCAUCUCUGUCCAGUAAAAUUGGAUCCCCAUGAUCGAAAAGGACUUCAUCUGUUCACUAUUCUCAUCUUUCUCAUGCACAGAGCUAUUCGAAAAGUACUAGUUUAUGUGCUCAGGAGUGUCUUCUAACUCUGUUCAAAGGAAGAGAUGGUCAUGAAGAUAGCUCAAAGAUUUCUUCUGUUCUAUUGCGUGCUCAUCAUGUGUUUAUGUAAUGUAAUUUACAACAAUAGAUUUGCUUCUUUUGCAAGGUUGAGAUACAUUUAUGUUUCCAGGACUGCUUUUACUAAAAACAUAAGGACUGCUUUUACUAAAAACAUAAUGUAACUGUACAAGUACCAGUUUCGAGCAUUGGAGGAAAUAUAUUUUCUAAAUUGUUUUAAA